AUGGGCAGGACGACAAUCGGGGAAGAUCCGUCUAAAACGCCGCCACUUCACCCCAGAAGCCCUGACGAGCAUGGCAACAAUAAGCGCAAGAAGCUUCAACCACCCAUUGAAAACCUUGUGCCGGAUGAAACGGUUUCAUCAACGGCUGAUGAGAUCAGCAGCAACUCUGAUCGUCAGAAGAUCAUCGAACCUCGAAAAUGUGAUCCAAAGCCUCAACUUAGAAGUGGUAUUACUGCCUUUUUUACCUACCCAAACCUUCAGAUCCAACUCGAAGCUGAACGCGCUGCUCGCCAACCACAAGAGGGGCCAAUUGUUAAAGACGAACCCGAAGAUAACCCGAACGCGAUCCUGAAACGCGAAAUUCAGGAAUUGAAGCAGGAAGGACAAGGAGAUUUACCCGGGUCCUACUGCCUCGAUACCGGGAGCCGUGACGUUCUUGGAGAACGGUGGGGCAACCACAAUCGGCUCGAUCUCCACGCCAAUCCGGCCCCAAACGCCGAGAGCAACUCGGAGGCCGAAUUAUGCUGUUAUUCCACCGAAUUGCAGCACAACUGUUACCUCAUCAACAAC